AUGUGGACCACCGUAGUGCUUCUGGUGGGUCUGGUUGGCAGACAGAGUGUUGUGGCCCAAUGUGAUAGCUCCACACCGUACCGCACGUUCGACGGAAGCUGUAACAACCUACAGAACCCAACCUGGGGUUCUGCCAACACACCGUACGGUCGUUUGCUGCUCCCUGAAUAUGGUGAUGGCAUUUCAACUCCUCGGCGAUCGAAAACAGGCUACGACUUGCCAAGUGCUCGGCUCGUGUCGACGUCUCUGUUCAAUGAGCAAAGUAUUGUCGACCCACUGACCACUCUGGUCAAUAUGCAGUUUGGACAGGUGGUAGCUCACGACAUGGGCCUGAGAGCUGGAGGCUCUGAUACGAUUCCCUGUUGCGUGAAUGGACAAGUUGUUGCUAAUCCCGGAAGAAGAUGCUUUCCUAUCCCUGUGCCAUCGAACGAUCCUGUCUUGUCUGCUGGUGGAAUUCAGUGUUUAGAUCUCGUACGCACACGAAGCACCUUCGAUACUAAUCCGGCCAGCUGCAGCGUCAGUAAUCCCGCGCAACAACUAAACAACGCUACGUCCUUCUUAGAUCUGUCGCUCGUAUACGGUAACAGUGCGCAGCAGAAUGCGCUACUUCGCGCUUUUGUCGGAGGUCUUAUGAAGGUAGAUAAUCGGAACGGAACCGAGUGGCCACCGCAAGAUCCUCAGUCGAGCCGAGAUUGUAAGCUACAGCUGUCCACAGACGUGUGCUACCUAACGGGUGACGAACGAAGCAACAUCACACCGGAGCUAACGAUUCUUCAGAUCGCUUUCCUCCGGGAACACAAUCGACUCGCGCGGCUACUUGCUCAACUACACACCCUAUGGAACGAUGAGAAACUCUUCCAAGAGGCCCGCCGCAUCAACAUUGCACAGUACCAGCGCAUUGUAUACGAGGAAUGGCUUCCGUGGUUUUUGGGUCCUGACCAAAUGGUACAGAAGGGUCUACUGGCACGUACGCCGAACUACGUGAAUGACUACAACGCGACUGUUAACCCUACCACGUUGAACUCGCACUCGAACGGUGCCUACCGGUACUUCCAUUCGGCCAUCUGGGGGACGCUAAGCCUUGCGCAGGAAUCGCGUGCGAUCACUGGAUCACUGAACAUUAACGAUCAAAUGUUCAAUCCGACGAUACUGGAGCGAAAUGAUAGUUACGCUCAGCUUACUCGUGGUAUGGCCACGCAACCGUCGGGACGCAAUGAUUUAAGCUAUGAUCCACAAAUUAGAGACUACCUAUUCCGUUACGCUAAUCGCUUCGGAACCGAUCUGAAAGCACUAGACAUACAACGGAGUCGCGAUCACGGUAUUGCGGGUUACAAUGCGUUCCGCCAGGCCUGUGGUUACAACCGUAUCACAGCAUGGACAGAUUUGACACAGCUGGGACCCAGGGAUUAUCAAAUGCUGUCGUCACUGUAUCGCACGGUCGAUGACGUUGAUCUAACGGUGGCCGAGUUCUUCGAGCGGCCUACCCCGGGCACACAGGCCGGACCAACGUAUCUCUGCAUCCUGAUGGAGCAAUUCAUGCGCACACGCCGGGGCGAUCGGUUCUUCUAUCAAAAUGGUAACACCGCCGGGGCCUUCACCAUGGCACAGUUGCGUGAAGUGCAAAAGGCCACAAUGGCGCGCAUACUCUGCAACAAUACACCAGGCGUGGUGACGAUGCAACCACGUGCUUUUCAAUCGAUAACGGCGAAUAACACAUUGACGCCGUGUAGUUCGUUUCCGCAGUUGGAUGCCCGCUUUUGGUAG